AUGCGUCUCAAACGAUAUUCCCUCAGACUUAAAUCAUUACCCAUCGUGAGUGUGCUUCUUGCAGUCGCGAUUAGCACCAUUUCACUGGGGCUAAUGUCACAAGGUUAUUUUGGAAGUCGUUUGGCUUCGGCUAUGGAGGGAUUCCGCACAUCGUCCUCCUCCUUCUAUGAGAACAGAUUUAAUUCCGGAAGUUCAUCACUAAAAGAAAUGUUCAAAGAAUCCGAAGACACUUCUGAUGCUCCCAAUAAAGAGCAGCUUUGCAAACAAUAUUUCCAGUUAACCUAUCGUAACGAUCCAUCCUGGUCAAACGAGGCCGUCCGAGAAUCAAAUAGUCUUCUGAACGAUGCCUCCUAUACAGCGCUUCUUAUAGAGAGAAUGCGUAUCUUUGCUGAUUGUUUUAUGAGUGGAGAUGUACAAUUGCAGGCGGUUCUGCCAGAGAAAUCUGACAUGUUUGAAUUCCACCAGCGUAUGUACCCUUUUCUAGCGAAGGGUCGGUCCUGGCAUGAUAUCUGGCCAACUUUUAGUGACGUAAAAACAGGGGACACUUACGCGCCUGGCAUGCUUAAUGAUGGUCGCAGAGUACAUAUCGACGAUUCGGUUUCAUUUUGGAAAAACUGGCAAUCAUUCAGCAAGGGAAGAGGUAUCGUAAUUACAGCUGGGGAAGAACACAUACAAAUGCUUUUGAGACUCUUAGCUGUACUUGAUCAUCUUGGAAAUACCUUACCAAUCGAAUUAGUUCUUACAGAAAGUCCAUCGCAAGAGAGGAUCCAAAAGAUUGCGCACUACCUUAGAGAUAAAACUAAGCAGUCAUUACGGAUAGUGGAUUGUAAGAAAAUAUUGGAACCCUCUUAUCGCCCGCUAAUCUUUGACUUUCGCUAUAAGUGGCUAGCCUAUCUUCUGAACUCAUUUGAAGAGGUGGUAUUUAUUGACUUAGAUGUUGUGCCGUUUGUUAGUAUAGACAAAUUUUUCGAGAUGGAAGGAUACAAAUCUACUGGAAUACUGAUGUUUCAAGACCGCGUCUUUAAUAGUAUCAAGAAUUCGAAAUGCCGUACUGCAAUUCAUCAUAUCCUUCCAUCCCAUGCCGAGCAGACGCUUUGGAAACAUCAAGCAAAGUACACCAAGGAAAAGGCAAAACAUAGACUUAAAAACUUUCCGGACGACGCUGGAGCUGCAUCAGUCUACGACAGGUACCUGGAAGGUGACCGCAUGCACAUGGUGGAGAGCGGGCUUGUAGUUGUGGAUAAGAGAAAGAAAAUAUCCUCGUUGAUUAUUUCGUUAAUGUUGCAUAUGAACAUAGCAGAGUGCUCCUAUGGAGAUAAAGAAUACCUCUGGCUUGGACAGCUCGUGUCAGGGGAAGACUACUACAUUCAUCCUCUUCCGCCGGCUAUUCUAGGCAUGCCACAAGAGGUUAAGCAUGACAAUAAAAAGAAGUACGAAGUAUGUUCUACACAGAUAGCGCACAUGGACCACGAUGGUUCAAUCCUGUGGGUCAAUGGGGGAAUGCAAAACUGUAAGUUCCCUGAGUUCGCGGACAGCGAAGUCGAGUCGAAUAAUGAGUAUUUCUCCUCACAGCAUUCCGACAAGGAAGUUCUUCGAAAAUUUUAUGAAAGCCCGAUAAAUAUCCAAAUGGCCUUUAUACCAAAUUUGGUAGAUAGUAAUUGGCAUGCAAUAGCCACUUGCAACAGCUAUACUUGGUGCGCAGAGAUUAAGCCGGAUUUCACAGAAAGUUCCUCGCGGGGGAACUUCAUCAUCAGCGGGAAUGAUCCGCGUCUACCUGUCUACAAUGAAAUCAAAGGAAUAUGGAUGCAUGCGCCAUCGCUCUCGGACAUCUAA